AUGGCUGAUGAAGCAGUACGGCAUCUCAAAUGUGACGAACACGAGCUGGGCUGCGGGCUCUGUCAACAAGCUGGCGUCGAAUGUGACCGAACUAAUAUUCGAUUUCGCAAUGGCCUAUCCGUCCCCAAAGAGCCAAAACUUGCAUUUCCCGAGUUAGACUCUUGGCCCCAACUGCUUGGCAGAGUGAGAUUUCACGAUGAGACUGCGGACAUCACCAGUCUGUAUUCAGUGGAGGGCCAUUCGGCUUUCAUUGAUGAAACACCCGAUAAUGUCAGUGGCCUUCUGCCAAAUACAAACGUGGCCAAUGAACUCGAUCAACACCAUUUCAUUGCAGCAAGCCAUUCACCAUCUACUGCAUCGUCUUCUCUGUCGACCCAAUUAAGGUCUUCCAGGGUCCGGCACCCUCUAUCCGAAAGAGAAGCCAUUUUGAUGAGAAAUUUUGUCGAGAAUAUGGCAUUAUGGGCUGAUAUAACAGAUCCUCAGCGGCAUUUUGAAACGGAGGUCUCAGUCCGGGCAUUUAAGGAGCCGGUCUUGCGUUAUGCUAUUUUCGCAUUUUCUUCCCGUCAUCUGAAUCGACAAGACAACAGCGAUGCAACGGAGGCAUUGCAGCAUCAUAAUUGCUGCGUUCAAUUACUGAUACCGGCGCUUUCUGGACCUCGCGAUCAUAUCACCGAGGAUAUACUUGCUGCGGUGGCUAUCCUCCGCCAGCAUGAGGAAAUGGACGGAGAGGAUAACCAGUUUCACUUGACAGGUACAACUCAUAUUCUCAACACGGUGUCCACGUUUGGGUCCUCAGGUGGUCUAGGUGAAGCUGCUGCCUGGCUUUGUUUGCGCCAGGAUAUCUACAUUUCGUUGACCAGCCAACAACCCCUGCGAACUAAUCUGCAUAGUUUCCACCACUCGGGUGUAUUUCAAAGAAAUGACGACUUUGCAUGGUCGAGCCGAAUGGUCUUCCUGCUCGCCAAAGUCGUCCAGAGCGCUUUCACCGACUCUGCCAUGACGCUUGGCAUCCAACAAGAGAUAGAGGAGUGGUAUUCUAACAAACCCGACACCUUUGAUCCUGUUCGAUCGGCCCCGCGAGGGCCAGAACCAGACCGGCGAUUCCCGACGAUCUGGAUGCUGCUACCCGUGCACGUUAUCGGCAUCCAAUACUAUCACAUUGCCAAGAUUCUCUUGGCGCUUUCCGAAGCACCACAGGCGUCUUCGGCCUAUGAGAGCCUGCGCCACUCUCGGCUAGUGGAGAAACAUGUUCGGCAUCACCUGCUCACGGUGUUGGGACUGGCGCAAUCGAACAGCAAAGCGGAGAACACGUUGUUCACUGCACGACAUAGCCUUGUGGCAUGGGGUUGGGUCCUUCGGGAUCCCCUGGAUCAAAACGCCGCGGAGUCACUAUUGCAAGCCAUGAAUGCAAGGACAGGAUGGAAUAUGGACGCGCUAAUUCAGACUUUGCGGGCGCAAUGGGAGGAGAUGGAGGGGGACAACUGA